ACACGAUUUCUAGUCAUUUCGCCGCCACGUCUUUUCGCCGCCAUACAUUUUCGCCGUCUGUGUGGAUGUUUCGCCGUCUUGUGAGGCAGCUCGCCGUCAGUGUUUGUGUCGCCCCAAUUUGUGUUGGUUCUGAGAUAAAUUGUGUAACUAUAGUAUAUUUAUAUGUGCUACUUAGUGUAAUAUGCAUGUUCUGUAGUAAUCUUCUUUCAAUUUUGACGAAUUUUGCAGACUUUCAAGCCGACAGAUUUGCUGGGCGGCGGCGGGGACGCUAGCGAUUUCCCCCGCCGUAUCGCACCGUCGGAUGAAGAGUCAAGUUGAAGAUUACGGCGACUUCUUGCGUCAAAUACGCUUACUAUCACCUUUAAUUGUGUUUUCAGUCGCAAAUAACGUUGAUAUGUGAUAUGCUGUUGAUCGGUCGGCAUUUGGAACAAACAUGGCCGCCAUUUGUUUCUGAGACAACUGAUGCUAUACCAUCAUGCCCUGCGAGACAUACUCACAAAAAUAAAAUGACUGUCACAAUUACACAAUUAAAAUCAGAACCGUAAAAUGUACUUAUGAAAUGUUUGUACCAUUUACAUCGCAAAACGCAAAAGCAGUAAGAAAACUGCUUACAUUAAGAAAAUACGUUAAGAACACACUACUAACUGAUUUACAUCGCUACUGUCACAAAAUACAUUAAGAACAUGUCACGUACAUCGUAAAAUGCGCUACGCAUAUAGUUAGGAAAUACUCGGAAAAUACAUUAAGAGAUGAGAUACACACAGUAGUUAGAAAAGAUUGAAAUAUUGUUACACAGUGAAUCAUGAAUACACGGCUCUACAAGGGGAACACAUUUUCAAUAAAAAAUGCGCUACGCAUGUACUUAGGAAAGAUUUUAGGAAAUACAUGAAGAGAUGAGAUACACACAUUAGUUGGAAAAGAUUGAAAUAUUGUUACACAGAGAAUCAUGAAUACACGGCUCUACAAGGGGGACACGUUUUCAAUAAAAAAAAUGCGCUACGCAUGUACUUAGGAAAGAUUUUAGGAAAUACUUAGAAAAUACAUGAAGAGAUGAGAUACACACAUUAGUUGGAAAAGAUUGAAAUAUUGUUACACAGAGAAUCAUGAAUACACGGCUCUACAAGGGUAACACGUUUUCAAUUCAAACUGACACAUCAGACAACGUUAUUGAAAUGUUGAUAUACAUCGCAUUAUGGAUACGCGGUUGUACAAAGGGAGCGCGCUUGGAUUUUCAAAGUGACAUAUAAGACAACGUUAACUUUCAAUUGAUAAAGACGCGCGUUCAUAUCAGACAACUCUUUUUUUUCUACUUGAUGUAAGAUCAAAGUCGGCCUGUCGCGUUCUUUGGUUGUUAAAAGACAAUGAAUUUCGAAACUGUUGCGUGUGCAAGACAACCUACCUUUGCCUUUAAAAAGGCAGCUCCAGAAGAAGUCAUUCAUUCAUCCAUCCAACCAUGACUCUGUGCGUUGUAUGCGAUAGAACUGUGACGAGACGUCAACAUGCUCUGUGUUGUGACGGGUGUGAGCGGUGGCAACAUAGGAUAUGCAAGAUUGACGGUCAAACCAUAUGCGAUACCGGAAUAUCGCAGGAUUUCUACAGGCGCCUGGUCAGAGAGGAGGUCAGCCUAGGAGAGUGGCUCUGCAGCGUGUGCCGGGCGACAGGAGAGGUGGCCCAAGAUGAGGAGGAGACGAUGGAUUUGAGCUUGGGGGACGGACUGCCUGGCGGAUCCGGAGCGGAAGAGGAGAUGGAGGCGCCGGAAGAUGAAGCCGAGGUCCCCCGUGAACCCACGAGUCCCAUCCCGAUGCCUCGUGUGGUCCUGGAGGAUUCCAUCGGCGACUUGAGCGUGGAGGAGGACCUUCCUGUCGGAGCAGAGCGCGACGUCACCUUCAGCUUGGUCAAGAAGGGCACGAAGCGAGGUGCAGAUAAGCUGACAGACAGCUUGGGCUUCGCCUACACGGUCAGGAAGAGGUAAUUUACUACUUCAUCUUGUUAAACUUCAUCAAGUGUUUUGUGUUCUUUGUCUUUGUAACCCCUUGUUAUUGCAGCUACGAGCAGUAACUAAAUGAUCUUUAU